AUGAAUAGGACAGGAAAGACUAAUGCUGCUGCAGGUCCGAAGAAGAAGUACAAUGAGUACAAGGAAUUCCAUACAUGUGAAGUUGCUGCUCAUAUAUGUACAUCAUUUAUGCAAAUGGCAGGAAUGAAAAACUCUGAGGGCAGUAGAAACUUGUGUUUUGUACAUAAUAUAGCUAUCAUUUAGCACUAAUUUAGCCCGCUUAUUAGUUGUAAGGUCCUCUAAUCCCCCAAUGCAUGUAAGUCUAGUCUCGGCCGAUGUACACUAUUUUAUUAUUUUGCUCUGUCUAUUGCCAGACAAUUUUACCCAUCAAAGGGAGAGUGCUGGCCCUCAAUGGGUUAAUCAUACUAUCGUCCAAUGACUAUUUAACCUGUUGAGUUAUAUUGCACCCCAAUACGCACUACUUUAAUUUUACUGUCUAACACCAUACAAUUUUACGUGUCAAAGGAUAAGUAUUGGCAUUCAAUGCAUCACAAUAUAAUAGUGAUUAUUUUCAUAUUUUCUUAUAAACAGAUCAGCCUUCAUUGGUGCCAUUCCUCUUACCAAACAGCUCAGCUACUAAGCAAGAGAAAGGAGAAUGGUUGCUAAAAGUAUGUGAAAUGUUUGUUGAUAAGUAUGUUUUUGAUGAUACAAGCAUUGAUGAUUUGGUUCAAAAAACACACCAACUGCAUCUUGCAUCUCUUGGACACUACAAAUGCCGAAUUACACCAUGUGAGAAAGUAUAUGUCUAUCAUUCAGCAAGAGUAAGGUAAUUUGUAUAUGUAUAAACGUAUGAACACUCUAAGUAGCAAUUAAUAUGCAUUACUUUAUUUAAUUUACUGCAUGCAUGUCUCUGUAUUACUUGAAUUACUGUAUUUCAUUCUGUCUCUAAUAUUUUAUUGCCUUAUCAUAAAAUAUAGCACCCCCGGCACUCCCCUGGCCAGGGCUUAAGGGGCAUGUGCACCCCCCCCCCUGCACCCCCAGUAAAUGCAUCCCUGGAGAGUGCUGGCCCUAAAUGUAUUAAUUUUGUUUACAGCCAUGAAAUAAAUGUCCAUCAGCAACUGACCAAUAGACAAGGAAAACUAAGAGACGAGUUUGGAUACUACUAUUGUUGUGAUGAUUGUGGGAAAGUAUUCAGUACAAAAGCUACUAGGAACAG